AGUAAAAUGAUGCGUCCACAUUCAUCUUGAGAUUAACAGGGGCUUAGUAGCAUAAAAUUGAAGUUCGUCUUUAAAGUAGAAGAAGCCGAUUUGAUAAGAAGCUGGAACUACUCCAUUAUGAAAACUGGAAGAACAAGGUGAAGAAUUAAAGACGGAUUUGAUACUCAAUUGGGUGUUUUGCAUAAAAUUUUGUUGAAAGGAGCUUAGCAGCGUAAAAUUGAAGUUCGUCGUUCAAGUAAAAUUGAAGCUAGAACUACUCUAUUAUGAAAAUUGGAAGAAUAGGGGGUUAAAAAUUAGACUCAGAGAUUCUUCUUCAAGCCCCAAGGAGAUUGUGAAAGUUCUGUAUAACCUUUUGGGCUAUUAUGUGCUGUUCUUACCAAUUUGGGGAGGCAAAACUGAAGAAUGUCUUCUUCCAAAUAUGUUUAAAGCUGCCUUUUCUUCUUCAGCCGCACUCUCACAUUGUUCCAUUAGAGAAAAACAGUGGCUUCAUUUAUGCCAAGAUUUUUUGUUCUUUCGAGAAGAUUGGGAACUCGAUCUGUGAUCUGGUCACCAUAGCUAGGCUUUUGAAUGCGACCCUCGUUAUCCCAGAGAUCCAAGUUAGUACUCAGUCAAAAGGCAUCAGUUCAAAAUUUAGUAGUUUUUCAUAUCUGUAUGAUGAGGAAAGGUCCAUAGCAAGCUUGAGAAAUGACGUGAUCAUCGUGAAGGAUCUGCCACCAACCUUAAAGAAGGCAAAGAAAAGGAAAGGAUUCCCAACUUUUGAGCCUAGGCUUACUACUCCUCCUACCUUUUAUAUCUCUGAAGUUCUUCCGAAGUUGAGGAAAGCGAAGGCUGCUGGUUUAAUUUUGUCAGAUGGAGGAAGCUUGCAGUCCACUCUUCCACUUAGAUUUGCCGAGUACCAGAGGCUUCAAUGUUGUGUGGCAUUUCGCUGAUGGAGAGGUUGCUGGAGGAUAUGUUUUAUCUGUUGAAGCUCGUUGGUCCCAAAAAGUCUCGUAUCAAGAUGGUCAGUUUUGUCUGGCUAUACCUUUCAGCCUUCCUAUAAAUGUCAACCCUGUUGGAAAAAAGGAAAAAAAAGAAGAGAUAAGUUUGAAUGUGAAAUCUGGUGUUGGAAAUGUGGUUUGUUACCAAAGUGCUAGCCACUCUUUAGUGGUAUGUUUAUUUUCUGGUUUCAGAUCAGCAUCCUGCGUAAAAAUAAUACUUUAUUUCCCCUGUUUAUCACCCUGAAUAUGGGUCUCGUGUAUGAGAGUGAAGCCCGAGUUAGACUACUCUUACUCUUCUAUUUUAGUGUAUGUUUACCUAACUGGUUCUCGUUUUCUAAUAUACUUCGUUAGGUAGAAUACUAAUUUUCAUUUUGUUGGAAAACCCCGAGGUUGAACCUAUGGAUCUAAUAUGGACAACCAGAUUAUAGGAGCUAAAGAAGAGGCCCUGAGCAGAAAAGAAAUAUUGGAUAAGGUUGAUAAUUGGAUGUUUGCUUGCGAAGUAGAGGACUGACUUGAGGACUAUAAUCGGGUAAUGUUGUUUAUGCAUAAUCAACACCCAAUUGAACUAUUUAGACUGUAACCAGCUGAUUUUCUGUUUUGUUUUUCUGAUUUUUGAAAUAUAUGCAUACUUUCUCGGUCAAAACAUAUUUAGUCUGUAUGUAGAACAACUUCUUUUCUUGGAAAACCUUUUCAAGCAACUGUAUAAUUUCUAGGUUAAAGCAGAUUUAGUCUGUCUUUAAAACGGCUUAGUUUCUCAGAAAACUUUCUGAUACAGGUGUAUACAUUCUAGGUCAAAACAUUAGAUUAGUUCAAACUAGCUAACUGGAGUAUAAAACAGCCUCUUGUAUGGUGGAA